GAGAUGAAAGCAGUCAAACAGGAAGUACAUACGAAAAUUGUCUAAGAUUUGUUGACGUUCAAUUUGAAACGACUAUAGAAAUAUUUUCGCCCAACGGCGAUUUUAAUAGUCAAAUAGUACACAGCUAUACAUACAGUCAUAUGUGUGGAAACAAAAAGUUAAUUAUAAAAUAAUAAUAAAAAUUUAUUGUAGCCGUGUGAAAUUCCAAAACUAAUUAAGCUAAUAUAGUGUCAAAAUGGUUUGCGUGACAGAGGAUGCUUUCGGUACCACAAUCAACCCCCUAACCAAGAAGGAAGUGGCAAUCAGGCGCUUCACCAUCACCAAUGAUCGCAGGAUGUCGAUGCAGUUGAUAACCUUCGGUGCCACAAUAACUUCACUAAAAGUGCCGGACUCCCAUGGCAUGGCAGAGGAUAUCACGCUCGGCUUCGAUAAUAUCGAAGGUUACUUGACCGAGAACAAUCCCUAUAUUGGGUGUUCAGUAGGUCGUGUUUGCAGCCGCGUUGGCAAUGGCAACUUUAUGCUCGAUGGGAAAAAGUACGAGGUUACUAAAAACUUCUUGGGAAAACACAUGUUGCACGGUGGUACUCAUGGCUUUAGCAAGGUCAUUUGGGAAGUGGAUCAAAUUAGACCGGAUGGUGUUGUUUUCAAGUUUACUUCGCCCGAUGGUCAUGAGGGCUUUCCUGGUGAAGUGGUUGCCACUGCUACUUACACUAUUACGGAUGAUAAUUGCAUGCGCUUUUGCUUUGAAGCAACCACCAACAAGCCAACACCGGUUAAUAUGACUAAUCAUGCAUACUUCAAUUUGGCGGGACAUAACGCAGGCAAGCAGGGUAUGGCGGAACAUAUCGUUAAGAUAAAGGCUGACUGUAUAACCGAUAUGGACGAAGAAACGGUGCCCAAUGGUCAGUUUAUUAGCCUGGAGAAUCAUCCAUUGGAUUUACGUAAGCUGACAAAUGUCGGAGAGGGUUUGAGAAAAAUAUCUAAGAUCGCCAAGGGUUACGACCACAAUUACGUACUGAAGCACACACCGGGAUGUAUUGAGAAGCAAGCAAAAGUAUUCCAUCCUCCCAGUGGUCGCUGCAUGGAAAUUUUAAGCAAUCAGCCCUGUAUGCACUUCUAUACCGCGCACAACAUGCCAGACUUGGAGAAAGGUAACACGCAACCCAUGAUCAUGGGCAAGGGGCGCAGUAUGUACGAGAAGCACGGGUCAUUCUGUAUGGAAACACACUGGUUCCCGGACGCUGUGAAUCACGCCAAUUUCCCCUCCGUUAUACUGAACCCCGGCGACACUUACCAACACGUUUGCUUAUUUAGAUUUGGCGUUUACGACCCGAAUUGCGAACGUCAUGGCAACCAGUUAUGCGGCUAAGUAACAGACAAGGGACUGAAAGCAGUGCUGCUCA